UAAAGCAUGUGACUGUUAAGCAGUACAUUACCCAAUGGCAGUUUUCCCUUUAAACAUUCCUCUUGAGAGUCCAAAGUAUCGACUGAAUCGUUCAGCUUUCACUGCCAUGUGAACUGAAUGUGUGAUAAAGAACUCAGGAGACCUAAGGAGUUACUUACUUUUACAAGCGGUACAAAAAAGAGAUGUCCUCUCAGGUCAGACUGAAGCUGCUGCCAAGCUCCAGAUGUUUGUUUGAUGAGCCCGUUCAGGUGAAGGUGGCCGGGCUGAGGUCCAGACAGGUGGUCACCAUGAGAGCCAGAUCCACUGACGACAGGGGAGUGGUCUUCAGCUCCUUGGCGACCUACAAGGCUAAUCAGAACGGAGAGAUCCACUUGGAUGAAGAACCCUCGCUCAGCGGGAGCUACGUGGGUGUUGAACCCAUGGGUCUGCUGUGGUCCAUGAAGCCAGACACUUUGCACAAAAGGUUUCAAAAAACGAAUUCUCUUAAUCCCCAUGUGGUGAGGUUUUCUGUGCAUGAAGAAGAAGGAGAGGGCAGGAUGUUAGCAGAGGCGACCAAUGAGAGACUUCUGAUUGGAGACGGGGUCAGCAGGAUCCCUGUUAAAGAGGGGAACAUUCGGGGAGUCCUGUUUACUCCCCCAGGAGCCGGUCCAUUCCCCGCUGUGUUGGAUCUGUACACUUUUGGUGGAGGUUUGUCAGAGAAGAGAGCCUCUCUGCUGGCUAGUCGAGGAUUUGUUGUUCUGACUGUGGCGCUGUACGGCCACGACGACAUGCCCAAGAACAUCAAGGAGGUCCAUCUGGAUUACUUUGAAGAAUCAAUAGAGUUUUUGAAAAGGCAGAAUAAGGUGGGCAGUAAAGGAGUCGGUAUGAUAUCACUUUCAAAGAGUGGAGAUCUUGCACUUUCAGUAGCUUCUUACCUGCCUGGUGUUGAAGCCACAGUGUGGAUCAACGGCUGCUCUGCCAACACAGCGUUACCUCUUUACUACAAGAAGAGCCAGAUACUUCCUGCGUUAAUGUUUGACGUAAGCAGGAUGAUUCCCUCUGAAUCAGGAGCCUACAAUAUCAAGUAUGUUACUAAUGAUCCACUGCUGGAGGAGAACAAGGCCACCUUGAUCCCCAUCGAAAAAGCAAAGGGACGUUUCCUCUUUGUGGUGUCAGAGGACGACUUGAACUGGGACAGUAAGACUUACACAGAGGAGAUGGUGGAGAGGCUGAAGCAUCAUGGGAAGGACAACUUUGAGAGCAUGUGUUACCCUCGAGCGGGGCACUACCUGGAGCCGCCUUAUGGCCCGUACUGCCCCUCCAGUUUUCACAGCCUUGCGGGUAAACCAGUCCUAUGGGGGGGUGAGCCCAGGUCCCAUGCAGCAGCUGAAGUCCACCUGUGGAAGAAGAUCCAGGAGUUCUUCAGAGCUAAUGUGAGCUGUGACGUUACAGAGACUAGAGCAAACUUAUAGAUACAGAAACAGAGGAUCAAAUAAUUUACAUAACUGUUUUUUAAAGAAACGGUUUAAAAUUGAAUAGUUUUUUGAUUAGAUCAUGUAUGAAAAGGUCAUUACAUAUCACAACAUUAUGCGGGGAAAGGUUCACUAAGAGCUUCACAUUUGUUUUAUAUUGCACAGAAAGGUGUGAUUACUGAAGCUCUGAUAGAUGAAGUCUGAACCCUGGUCCCAAUUUGACUUUUUCAUUAAGUGACAAAACCGCAUCUUGGAGCAUUUUGUUUUGCUUAAAGUCACAUAUGUUUCUUGCGGAUAAAUAAAUGUGUUGUAUCCGCCUGGAGAAGCUGACUAUUUAUUGUUUCCUGCGAUCACUUCAUGUUGUGUUAUCAAAUUAGUUACAAUGGUUAAGUUUCAUUUUGCUCAAGAUAUCUUAUUUGAUUCAGCUUCAGAUCUACGCAUCUAACUGGUGUUCUUUCAAAUACCAUUCUUAUCGUGGUCACUUAUUCAUUUACAUUUUUACCUGCAACUUUUACACUCUGGGACUUGCAGGCCAUACAGUUACCUUAAGUACUAUUCUAUUAAUCUACAUAUAAUGGCGGAGUAAGAUGCUGCUGUCAUUGCUAAAUUUGUUCGAUAUAAUAAAGCCAAAACUGGUACCAAAUGAAGAGCCGAAAGAGCCGGUGUUAUGCAGAGAAAUGUAUCCCUACCAAAAAUGGCAUGCGUCUUGAAGAUGCGUUUG